CACAAGUUUUCAAACACUGUCACCCCAAACAGCAACCGUUGAUCACAAGGAGCAAGUCACAGGAACCUACUCCGGAGCUUGGUCAAUCGUCUUUUGGACUAAAAUGUUCUCCCGCAAAUAUUUACGUAAGGAACCAGAAGCUGUUCAUGCAGGUAGCAAGUUAACUAGUUGAUUUCCUUUUUCUCUUCUUUUUUUUUAUUUUUUUUGUUUGUUUUCUUUUUGUGCUAGCAGUUGCUUGCUUUUUAGAUUUUCACAUGUGAAAUGAUGCUUUUCUCUAUGAAAUCAUGCUUCUUUUCAACGUAGUAUUAGAUAUGUUGUGUGUUUUCCUUCCCUGCAAUCAAUUAAUCAGGUUUUUCCCUAGCUACUAACUUCUAGCAAUCAGAGCUCAUUGACCCAAAAAAAAGGCUCAAAUAAAGCAUGCGCUAGACUUGGUCGUGAGCUUCUGGAAUGAAUCCAGUCAUUUUAGGGUUACAAUGUUAGACCUGUAUUCACGGCACUCCCCAUUUCCCACCUAAGGAACAUGGUGGAUGCUGCGUCAUUUUGAUCUAAAGUGAGGUGGACGUUGAGAUUUAGUGUAAAAUACUGCACUAUAUAAGGCCGAAGUACUGAUCACAGUUUUAGGUCCAUGCAAAUAUCAAGUCAUGAGAUAAGACAAACAUGAAUUGCCAUAAAAUAGAGGAGUCGCUUUCUUUUCUUCUAUGUAUUCCCAGUCAACUAAUAGUUCUUAGUGGCUUGACUUGAGGUCUUCAUCUUGAUCAAAAACGAAAGACUUGAGGUCUUCAUUGGCCUGGAGAAAUGGUGAUCACUUUGGACUUUGACAAGAUUAUCUUCUCUGCCCAAUUCAGGUCUUAUAAUUAAGCUAAUAGUUCUUAUUAGCUUGCUAAUUUUGUACUUAAUUGGUGAUUUGAAAUGAAGUUUGUCCCCAUGAAAUCAUGCCUACUUUUCAAGGUAGUGUUAUGUUGUUUGUGUUUCUUGCUAUCGGUCUUUUCCCUAGCCAGUGCCACCAAGUCACCAACCCCACCAGGUUGAGAGGAAAAGAGACGGACCGAGUUGCACUUCUAGCCAUCAAGGCUCAAAUAGAGCAUGAACUUAGCUCGGUGCUGAUUUCCUGGAAUGAAUCCAGUCACUUUUGUCAGUGGAAAGGAGUUGGUUGCAGUCGCCGGCAUCAAAGGGUCAUAGUGUUGGACCUACAGUCCCAGCAAUUGGCAGGAUCCAUAACCCCCCACGUAGGUAAUCUAAGCUUCCUCAAGAAGCUAUAUUUACAAAACAAUAGCUUCACUGGUGAUAUCCCACCACAUAUUGGUCACUUGAGGAGGUUGCAGAUUUUAAGACUGGGGAAUAAUUCCUUCAGUGGCAAAAUCCCUGCCAAUAUAUCCAGUUGCUCCAACCUCAUAAAACUAGAUUUCGGGUUCAACAGGCUGGUUCGGAAAAUUCCUAGCACAAUUGGGUCGUUGUCCAAGCUCAAGAUGCUUAGUUUUGACGAUAACAGCCUAACAGGAACGAUCCCACCUUCGUUUGGCAACCUUUCAUCCCUAACCAAGCUUUUGGCAAUUGGUAAUUUCUUGGAGGGAAGUAUUCCUAGUUCUGUAGGGAAACUUACAAGCUUAAAACUCUUUGCUGUGGGAGAUAAUAUGUUGUCUGGUGCUGUUCCUGCUUUCAUUUUCAACAUGUCAUCUCUCAUUGCGUUUGACUUGAUGGGAAACCAAUUCCAUGGUAGGCUUCUCUCAGACAUGGGCAACACCCUUCCUAAUCUCCAAUUUAUAGAUGUUGGCCUGAACAAAUUCAUAACCGGACCCAUUCCCAUGUCCAUAUCCAAUGCCUCCAAUCUUAGACAAUUUAUUGUUGCAUGAAACAGAAUAACUGGACAAAUUCCCCUUUGCAGAAGCUAUAUGGUCUCUCGGAAUUUUUCAUUUCGAGCAAUUAUCUUGGAAGUGGGAAAGCGGGUGACUUGAGCUUUCUCUCGGAUUUGGCCAACUCCACGCAACUGGGGGCUCUUGAUAUAAGCAGCAACAAUUUUGGAGGGAUGCUGUCCACAUCUUUAUGGAACCUCUCAACAAGUCUAUACCACCUUUUUGGUGCCACGAACAAUCAGAUACAUGGAAGCAUCCCAAAUGGGAUAGGCAAUCUUGUCAACAUGGAGAAUUUGGGUAUGAGCUACAAUGAAUUCAAUGGAAGCAUUCCUGUCGAUAUUGGGAAGCUUCGGAAUUUAGGGAGACUGAUUCUUAACAACAACAAACUAUCAGGAGAUAUCCCUUCCUCCCUUGGGAGCUUAACAGAGUUACUCAUACUUGACUUGCAAGGAAAUGAUUUUCAAGGCAUCAUCCCUCCAAGUCUGGGGGAAUGCCAGAGGCUGCUUCUAUUGCACUUUCUCAAAACAAUCUCAGUGUUCCAUUAACUCAACAAGUUUGGAGUCUAUCAUCGUUAGCAUUGGGUUUGAACCUGUCUCAAAACUACCUGAGUGGUUCUCUCCCCAUGGAAGUUGGAAAUCUGAAAGGUCUGAAUUCUUUGGACCUUUCUCAUAACAAGUUAUCCGGGGAAAUUCCAACCAGUAUUGGCAAGUGUCAAAGUUUAGAAGUCCUCCACUUGCAAGGCAACUCCUUCCAAGGGACCAUUACUACAUCUUUGGAAAGGGCUUCAAUUCUUGGAUCUCUCUCAAAACACCCUCUCAGGCAAGAUUCCACUAUACUUGGGAGGGAUUUCAAUUGCUAAACUUGAAUCUCUCUUUCAAUGACUUCGGGGGUGAGCUGCCAGUUGGAGGGGUCUUCAAAAAUGCCAAUGCAAUUUCCAUUGUUGGAAACAGAAAGCUCUGCGGCGGUGUCGCUCAACUCCAGCUGCCCAAAUGCAACUACCCUUUCAAAGAUUCCAAGAAAAGGAGCUUCAAAUUGGUAAUCUUUAUAGCUCCUGUACUUAUGGUGGCAAUCUUGGUGUUGCCGUGUUACCUAUUAUUGCUUCCAAUAAGAAAGAAGCCAAGGAAAGAACCUGCAUCAAGCAAUUUGGAGAAACUGUUGCAAGUGUCAUAUAAUGCUCUUUUAAAAGCUACUGAUCGAUGGGUUCUCUUCAGAUAAUUUGGUUGGUACUGGUAGUUUUGGGAUGGUCUACAAAGGCAUUCUGAAUGAUGUUGGAACUCUUGUUGCUGUCAAAGUUUUUAACCUGUUACGCCAGGGAGCUUCUAAGAGUUUCAUAGCCUAGUGUGAGGCAUUGAGAAAUAUCAGGCAUCGAAAUCUCAUCAAGAUUAUAACUGCAUGUUCAAGUACUGAUUUUCUCGGUAAUGAUUUCAAGGCUCUGGUUUAUGAGUUCAUGGAGAAUGGAAGCUUAGAAGAGUGGCUGCAUCAAACUACUGAAACUGAACAAGUGACCCCAGAAGCACCCGACAUAGCCAUUGAUGUUGCUUGUGCACUAGAUUAUCUUCAUAAUCAUUGUGAAACUCAGAUAGUUCAUUGUGAUCUCAAGCCAAGCAAUGUCCUUUUAGAUAAGGAACUGACUGGACAUGUUUCUGAUUUUGGACUAGCAAGGUUUCUCUCUGAAGUUACAGAUAACGUCUCUGCAAAUCAAACACAUUCACUGGGACUAGGAGGAUCCAUUGGCUAUGCUGCACCAGAGUAUGGAAUGGGAAGUGAAGUGUCAACAUAUGGGGAUGUGUAUAGCUUCAGUAUCCUCUUGUUAGAGAUGUUCACAGGAAAGAGACCCACUGACGACAUGUUUAAGGACGGCUUGAACCUUCAUAGUUAUUUGUAAGAUGGCUUGCUCUGAGGGCGUUGCCAAGAUUGCAGACUCAAGGCUUCUUUCAAGAAGAUAUAGUUGCUACAUGCAUCAACAAAACUCCCAAUCAGCGCUGCGUGAGAACUGGAAAACUUGAAGAUUGCUUGAGUCUGAUCUUUGGAAUUGGGAUUGCUUGUUCUGCUGAAUCACCGAGAAACCGGAUGGAUGUUAGUGAUGCUGCAUCUGAAUUGCAUUCCAUCAGGAACAUUCUUGUUGCGUAGUAACUACUUUAAACUUAUGCUGCUAUUUUAUGUGAACAUUAGUACUGCGUCUUGUUUAUUAAAAAUUUUCUGAUAGGCAGUUCCACUUUUGGCAAAAUUGCACUGAUUUGGUUGCAGUUUUCACCACCCAUUGUAUAUGCACAUUUACAUAGCAGUAAAGUAGUA